AUGGGCGGAAAACGCAAGCGCGGCUCCAAGGAUGCCUCUGAUCCCAGCAAGAAGUCCAAGAUGGCCAAUGGAGGUGCCCGCGGCGCAACAGCAGCAGCAGCAGUGACGCAGAGCACCAAGCCCAGCCUGGAACCCGCACCUUUCGUCGAGUCGCCCGUCGGCGACGAGAGGCGACGCGAGGCCGGACUGUACGAGCUCCUAGGUAGCGAGGAUGAGAAGGAGCGCCUCCAAGCAGCCGGAUGCAUUGUGUCGAGCCUCCUCGACGGCGAGGGCGUCGACGAGUCCGUCCUCGAGCGCCACCUCAACCGACGUUUGUUCCGAGGUCUCGCCAGCGGUCGCAACGCCUCCCGGCUGGGCUUCAGCCUCGUCAUCACCGAGAUCCUCAGUCAGCUGUUUGGAGCCGGCGGCGGUCCCGACGCCGGGGCGGACGGCAGAGCAGAGACCCCGUCAAUGCCGCUGUGCGAGACGAGAUACAAGGGCCUGACGUUUGACGCCGUCAUCGGCUCCCUGAUGGACAAGACGGCGGCCGGGGGCAACAUCCCUGGCCAGGAGGAGAGGGACCACUACUUUGGCCAGCUCUUCGGCCUGACGUGCUUCGUGCGGUCGCGCGUCCUCUUCUCCCCGCCAUCCAGGUGGCACACCGUCCUCGACCUGGUCCUCCGGCUCGCCUACCAAAAGGUCUGGAUGAGGUCCCAGUGCGGCUGGAUCAUCGUCCAGGCCCUCGAUCAGAUGGACGGGCAGCAGGCCGCCGAGACGCUAGAGAGAGUGGCCGGCGCCCGGCUCGCCAGGACCCCCGAGGGUGUUGCCAUCUGGCUGGCUGCCCUCGAACGCUUCCCCCGCGCCCGCCUCGACAGGAUCAAGCCCUGGGAGAACCCGCUCGCUCCCAAGUCCCUGUGCGAUAUGGCCUCCGUGCUCAAGGAGAGCUUUCAGCAGCAGCAGCAGCAGCAGCAGACCAGCGACGGCCCCCCUCAGGCCAACAAGCAAGCCAACUGGACAGCUCAGCUGCAUUUCGUAUGGGAUACCCUCCUCGCUCACUUUGCCAAGGAGACUGUCAGUGCUCAAGACUUUGAUCAGUUUUGGAUUCGAGUUGUUGACGACGGUCUCUUCUCCAAGAGUGCCACAGAUGGACAAAAGUUCAAGGGCUUCAUGGUCUUCCAAAAGAUGCUCACUGGACUGGUCGACCAGCCCGCCAAGAUCGCCUGCCUUUUCAGCAAGAACUUCAUGUCGUGCCUCAUGAACCAGGCUGCCAAGAAAGACCGCUUUGUCCACCGCUCGGCCACCAAGGCCCUGGGUGCCAUGGAGGCGACGGCCGCCUCCCACCCCGCCUCCCUGCCCGUCAUACUCCGGGGCCUUCUGGGCAAGAACGGCGCCUACGCCUUCGACCAGCGCACCAACACCAAGACCACGGACAAGCUGCUGCGCAGCAUGGACGCGACCCACGAGAGGGAGUGCCUCGACGUCAUCCGCCAGCCCAUCGGCAAGCUCGCGAAGAUGGAGGAAGCAGACGCCCGGUCCACGCUGAGGACGUACGUCGACCAUCUGUCCAGAUCGCUCAGCAACCCUGAGACGUCAUCGUCACCGUCUUCAGCCGAGAAUAACGGUUCCGGCCUGGCCCUGCAGGAGCUCGCGCGUCUGGCCUACGCCAAGCCGGCCGACAUCCUCGGCUCACUCCUGACGGAGCCCGUCCGUUCGCUGUGCCGCUCCCGUCUCGAGUCGUCGUUCGCCAAGCUGAUCCGCCAGAGCGGAGGCAUGGCCGUCUUCUGCCGGGCCGUGGCGUCCAUCGACCCGACCGCCGUGUCCAUGGAGGGGGAGAUCAAAGGUGCCGUGGACGGUGCCCUGUCGCGGAUGACCAAGCUCCUCGGCAGCAACAACAAAAGCAGCAACAGCAACAAGCGCAAGCCGUCAUCCAAGAAGAAUGACGAAGGAUUGUCGUCACCGACACCCGUGGCUCAGGGCCUGGCCGUCCUGCACGCCGUCUCCAUCCUGCAACUGUACAACGAGGAGCCCGACGCGAUGGAGGUUCUCGAGGACCUGGAGCAGUUCACAGACCGCCUGAAGCGGGGCAAGCUGGAUGAGGAGGGCGCCUCAGAGCUGUUGGUCGAGAUCCUACUGUCCAUGAUUGCGCGGCCAUCGUCGCUGAUGCGCGCCGUCUCGCAGCAGGUGUUCGAGUCCUUCACCCCACAGAUCACCCCGGAGGGCCUGCAGCUGCUGACGGGCCCGCUGGCCUCGAGCGAGAGCACAAAGGGUCAGAAGGAGCUGUUCAGCACCGAGGACGACGAGGCCAUGGACGUCGACGACGACGAAGAAGAAGACGACGAAUCCGGUUCGGAUGAUGAUGACGAGAAAGGUGGUCCUCCUGGUAUCGAACUCGACUCUGACGUUGAGUUUGUCGAUCUAGAUGAGGAGAAGGACUUCGAUGAUGGCUCAGAUAACGAGGACGACGAGGACGAUGAUGAUGAUGAUGACAAGAAGAAGGAGAAGAAGAAGAACAAGAAAAACAAGGACUCCGAGUCUCUGAGGAUAGACAUAGAUGACGAGCUGGGCAACAUCCUCAAGAGCCACCGUCUAGACCUGGACGACGAGGCCGAGUCGUCCGAAGACGAGCAGGACAUGACGGAUGAGCAGAUGCUGGCUAUGGACGGCAAGCUGUCCGAGGUGCUCAAGCAAAGCGUGCGGGCCCACCCAGCCUCCAAGCAGAAGAAGGACGCCAAGCAGACCGUCGUCAACUUCAAGCACCGCAUCCUUGACCUGGUCAACAUCUACGUCAGGAAGGAGGCCGCCAACCCGGCCGCCCUGUCCCUGCUCCUCCCCCUCCUCAACCUCAUGCGGUCCACCACCAGGAAGGAUCUGGCCUCCAGAUCUGCCGACUCCAUCCGUCAGUAUCAGGCUGCCCUGAAGAAGGCUCGCAGCGGCGGUAGCGGCAGCGGUAGUAAGGAGGACCCUGAUAAAGAAGAAGGAGAAGGAGAAGGAGAAGAAGGAGAUGAAGGAGAGGUCAAUGAGCUCAUAUCUCAGCUUAUCGAGAUCCACGAAGAGGCCGCCAAGGACGACUCCCACGCCUACGCCAAGGCUGCCAGCUCCGCCAGUCUCAUCGUCGCGUCGACAAUGUUCGCCAUCGACAGGUCUUCAAUCCGCAAGGUCGCCGCCGUCUACGCAAAGACCUGGUCAGAUUGGGUUCUCGGUCAGGGCAAGGUCCAGUCGUCCUUCUUCCAGGAGUGGUACAACUGGUCUCAGAACAUGGCAUCUCGCCAGCAGUCGUCUUGA